AUGAGAUGCUUCCUGGAUGUACUGUGUAGGUUUAUAUCCCGUUUCUACUGGCAGGAAGGGUCUCAAGUCUACGAGUUCAACACCGUGAUGAACAGAGUGACACUGAUCCAGCAGCUGCCCCACACAGAUGUCAAGAAGGUCAUCCACUACAGAGACCCUCAUGACGACAAGCACUACGUCCUGGUGCUGAACAGUGACGCCACACCAACAAUAUACUGGUGGAGUAGUGAUCAGAUGCAGGAAUGGCAACAGCUGGUGAACUCGGAGGCUGUUGGUUCUCCGAAUUCUGCUGGCAUCUUGGUGCUGCACAACCUAGAAAGCAUAAUUUUGAUCUCCAAUGGGGGGACCAUCACCCUGUACACAGACGACAUGACGGGCCACUAUUCGGCCACCUUCACGCUGCACACUACCUGCAUCACCGUUGAGGACCUUCAUGGAGUGAGGCUGGGACCAGACUACUAUAUCUUUUAUGUGUGUACAGGAACUGUCAACAGGCUAGAGGCCAGACUCCUUCACCUGGAGACUGUGGUGUUGGGUAAAGAAGAAACUGAAGGAGACCCAUUAUUAAGAUGCCUGGAGCAGCUGACAACCAUGCUGGGGGACAGGAAGAAGGACAUCGCCUACCUAGAGAGUGUGGUCACCAGCGACGCCCUCAUGACAGUUGACCAUCCUCAGGUUCACAUCCAGUUUUUGUUGUAG